GGGCGCCAAGGUGGUGCCAUGGCGGCCGUGCUUGGGCGGGUGGCGGAGCUGCCCUCGCUGCUCGCUCUGUCCCGCUCGGCGCUGGUGCGGCACUGGGACGCCCCGGCCCUGGACAGGGCUCUCGAGUGGGCCCGCUACUUCCAGCACGUCCACGACCGGUUCCGUGCGCGGCCCCAGCUCCGGGAGGCCCUGGGGCGGCGGCUGCGCCGGGCUCAGCCGUGCUCACCUCCGCUCGGCUUCUCCGCCCUGGGCCGCUGCCCGGAGCUGCUGGGGCUGGCGCUGCUGGAGAACCGCUCUCUACCGCCCGCCGCCUGCCGCCGCCUGCUCCGCCGCCUGCUGCUGCCGCCACCGCCCGGCGCGGGGACCGGCCCCGAGCCCCGCGGGCUGGCGCUGCUCGCCCGCCGCAAGGCCGCCGCCCGCCUGCUGGCGCUGCCCCGCCGGCCCGGGGGCACCGAGCCGCGGGUGCGGGCGGAGGCGCAGCUGCUGCUGGGCCGGCUGCGGGAGGAGGAGGCGCAGGAGGGCGCGGGGGCCGCGGGGCGGCCGCGGUGGCUGUGCGGGGUCCUGGAGCGGCUCCCCCCGCCCCGCGCCUUCGCCGUGGUGGCGGCGGCGCUGGCCCUGCUCGGGCAGGGCAGCGGCGCUGAGGGGGCCGGAGAGGGGGAUCGGGAUGGGAGCGGCCCGGACGGAAACCGGGCGAGUGCAGCAGGAGAUGGAUGCAUUGCCGGGCUACUGCUUUCCUGGCUGCUGGGGAACCGGGAGCGAUUCUCUGCCUUCUGCCUUUGCCUCCCAGGUUCCCUUCUUGCUUCCCUAGCUGGUCACUAUUCCCAGUUAAGCAGAUCUUAUUUGGACCUCUUAACCGGCUGGGGAAGCCACUUGCACUAUGACCCCUUGCAGGGGCGGUGGGUUAAAAGUUGCCUUGAGAAAGCUGAAUUGUCCUGGGAGGAGCUGAGAGGGCGCUUCAGCUACCUCUGUCAGGGAUCUGCACUGCUUAGAGAACAGACCCAAGCCGCUCUGAAACUCCUGAAGACACGAGAUGGAGACUUCAAAGUCCGUGGCCUAAGUGUGUGGACUGACUUACUGAUGGAAGUAGAGAAAUGAAGUAGGGUCCUAAUGCAUGAACACAAAAGCAACAUGAAAACUUGUAAAGUCAAGUGAAUCUGGUUAACCCUAUUUGGUAUGAAAGGCAACACAACUAUACCUCACUUUAGCUUGAAAACCAGCAUGUGACUGCUGAUCACACUGAUUCUGACUGCAUCUGAAGUCUUUCAGGGAGGCCUGGUGCUUUCUUGUAACUGCACUGUCAUGUCUGGUCACCACAGGAAAUGCCACCCUUCUCAGUACUUGCUGAUUAAUUGCCUAAUAAAGUGAAGAAAAUAA